AUGGCGCCUCUUGUUCCGUCGCAGGAGGAGCUGCAACGUCGCCGUAUCAUCGGUGUCAACGCAGAGACUGUUACCAACAUCCCCUCAACAGACUUCCCUGGCCAUUGGCCUGGAGAAUCGCAUGGGUGGGCUCUCGACCAGUUCAAGAACGACUUCAAGGUCGAAUACCACCGCAAUGACCCGUACGAGGCCUCGUUCUCACUGAUCGGACUCGAUGCUGCCGUCGCCAAUGCAUUCCGCCGCAUCCUGAUGGCCGAAAUCCCUACUCUGGCAAUCGAAACCGUCUACGUUCACAACAACACCUCCGUCAUUCAAGAUGAGGUACUCGCGCAGCGUCUCGGACUUAUCCCGCUGAAGGGCUCCGUGGAGGGAAUCAACUGGAUGCAAUGGGAGCAGAAAGCCCCCGGAGACGAGGGAUCCGCAGCUCCCGAACUCACCGACUUCAACACCGUUGUGAUGCAACUCGAUAUCGAAUGCACACAGAACCCUGACGUUGCCGAUGAUGAGACCGAUCCUCGCAAGCUAUACAACAACGCUCAUGUCUACUCCAAGCAUCUCACUUUCACCCCUGUCGGUCGCCAGGAACAGUUCUUUGUCGGCGAUGGUGCGAUUCGCGCUGUCCAGCCUGACAUCCUGAUCGCUAAGAUGCGCCCCGGUCAGAAAAUCGAGAUGGAGCUGCACUGUGUUAAGGGUAUCGGUGCUGAUCACGCCAAAUUCUCCCCUGUCGCAACUGCGUCCUACCGUCUCCUGCCGGACAUUCAGAUCCUGCGCCCCAUUAUCGGCGAGGAUGCUAAGAAGUUUGCCAAGUGUUUCCCCAAGGGCGUUAUUGGCCUUGAGCCCGUUACUUCGGAGGAGGCUUCCCGUGCUGGAAGCGGAUACGAGGGACACGCCGGUGAGCAGAAGGCUGUCGUGAAGGAUGCUUUCAACGAUACCGUCAGCCGAGAGUGCCUGCGCCACGAGGAGUUCCAGGGUAAGGUGAAGCUGGGACGUGUUCGGGAUCACUUCAUUUUCAACGUCGAGAGUUCGGGUCAGUUCGAGAGUGACACUCUUUUCCUGGAGUCCGUCAAGGUUCUGAAGUUGAAAUGCGCUCGGUGGAAGCGCGGUCUGAAUGAUCUGAUGGCGUAA